UAUUAUUGUUAUUAUUCAUUUCAGUUGUAUGUUCCCAACCCAACGUUAUCAGAUUUUGGGUUUUGCAUUCACAAUUCUCUUCCUCUCCUUGCUUCCUCUCCAGAGAGGAUAUGGUCUCUAACUCACUCUCACUUCUCUUACCCAUUUCCUUUCCUUCCAUUUUCAAACCUGAUUCACCUUCUUCUUCUUCUUCUUCUUCUUCUUCUUCUAUCCCCACCAAAUUUCCCUUCUUCUCAGAUUCUUCCCGAUUCCCCAAGAGUUUUAGGUUAUUCCGGUGCCAAAUUCCUGCUUCCUCUUCUUCCGCUUCUAAUCAAUUACGCGACGAUGCCUCCCCCGACCCCUUUUUCCAGAACAAUUCAAUUGCUGAUUUCAUGAGGUUCAAACGGGAUGGACCCUCUGCGGAGCUCCAGACUGCUAUUGUUAGUUACAAAAAGAAGUUUCCAUGGUCUAUUCUCCAGCCAUUUGUUCAGGUUGAUUUGGUAUCAACAAUUCAUAUUGCAGACAAAGAGUAUUUUAAGGCCCUACAGAAAGAACUCGAGUCCUAUGACUCUAUACUGUAUGAGAUGGUGGCUAGUAAGGAGAGCUUAGAAAACAGAAAAAAUCCAGCUGCUAUGAAAAAACUAAAAAGUUCACGGUCACGAGGUCUUAAUAUUCUAGGUUGCAUUCAACGGCAGAUGGCUCGUGUUCUGACGCUGGAUUUCCAAUUAGAUUGCCUUGAUUACCAGGCUUCUAAUUGGUACCAUGCAGAUUUAGACUAUGAAACCUUCAGAAUACUUCAGACAGAAAAAGGGGAAAACUUCUUUACAUUUGCAAGAGACAUGACUAUACGAUCCACCAAAGCUAUGGUUCAGCCAACUACAGUACCAGAAGAUCUUGAACCUUGGAAAUCAAAGCUUCUCUGGGCAUCUCGUGUGCUUCCUAUGCCACUCGUUGGACUUCUUAUCAUUGGAAGUGUAUGUGCAGAUGGGGGAAGUCAAGCAUCAGAAUUUCCAGAAUUUGAAGCAUUGUCAAGGCUUGAUUUAGGUGCUGCGAUGAAGGUUUUUCUGGCAAAGCGUCUAACAUCUGAAUUUACUCAAGUAACUGCUGAGGUGGAGGAGAGUUCUGUUAUCAUCGGUGAGAGAAAUAAAGCUGCAACAGAAGCGCUUAGAGACGCCCUCGAUAAGGGGCACAACAGAAUCGCCAUACUAUAUGGCGGUGGCCACAUGCCCGACUUGGGGAGGCGAUUACGAGAAGAGUUCGAUCUCAUCCCGUGUCGUGUAAAGUGGAUAACAGCAUGGUCAAUUACAAAGCGAAAACUAGGCAGCAGUUCUCUCCCCUUUCUCAAGGCUCUGGCUGAUGUCUCAGGUUGGCCAUUGAACCGUUAUCAAACCUUGGCACUGCUAAUAUUCUCGUCAGUCCUAGCCGUCGACCUCUGGUUCUGGGAACUCUUUUUUGGCACAGCUGCAAAUUGGAUAUCCGAAGUUGCACUAGAAGUCUAUCAGUAUAUUGAUAAUGUACAACUGAUGUGAAAAACAUUAAAUACAUAUCCUUUGCCGUUGUAAAUAAUUCAACCGGCGGCCAUUGUUUCAUGGGCCACUCAGAAAAUAGAACAGUGAAGAACGUUGAACAUAAUUCAAUGUUGUAUAUCGAUGUAUUUUACAAUUAGGACUUCUAAUUAUUAUGCUUUGAAUGAAAGCAUGUUCUAAGUUGUACAUUGAUUAA